AUCACAUCUGGCAACUCUGCUCAAACUUCAAACUAUUCAAAAACAAAAUACCAAAAUAUAACCGUUAUUUUAAUUUUUAAGAAAAAACAAAACUUAAGAAAAAUACAAAAAUGAAUAGAAAUAGUUGUCUUUUUUCUCGAUCCUUUUUUGAUCUUUCUACAGCAGCACACCAGGAUAGCCCAAACAGUUCAUGGAGUAAUAUAUCAUGUGACUGGUCAAAGUUUUCACCAGGACAAGAAAUCGCAUGCAGAGAUGAAUAUGUUGAAAAUUGUAUAAAAGAAAUAAUAUGUCCAGAUAUUCCAAAUGAGAAUGGAGAAACAUAUCAAUUGAAAAAUAAACUAAAGGAUUUGCACCAGGAAUAUAUACAAGCAUUUCAAGAAAAUUGUAGUAUUGCAACACAACAUGAAGCAUAUGUUAAAGUCCUGAAAAACCUUAAAGAGACGUACACAAAACUAACUUCUCAGUACAAGAAUCUUCUAAAUACAAAAGAUACUUUGAAAAAGGAUGAGGAAAAAACACUAGCUGAUUAUAAGCUGAAAAAAGAGGCAUUUAAAAAAGCAACACAUAUGUAUACAACAUAUUUUGACCUAAAUGUAUCUAUUGAAGAUUCUUCAGAUGCUGCAAUUGUAGCAUCUGUCUGUUUUGCUUCUGCAAAAACUAUGACACCUGUGAAAAUUAUUAUUGACAGAAAAGAAAGGAAAAUAAUUGAUGUUGAUUGUAACGGGUUGCUGACUAAAGAAGAAUGCAAAGAUAUAACAUUUGGCCCAGAAUUUUUGUAUUAUUUAAGACAACGAGUAUUAAAUUCUACGUAGCUCUUUAUUUAUGUUUUGUGAUAAUUGCUAUUUAUUACAGUAAUACAUGUUAUAAUGUAUUCUAAUGAAAUACAGGGUGUAACAAAAAUAGAGGUCAUAAAUUAAAUCACAUAUUAUGGGACCAAAAAUAAAUCGAUUGAACCUAACUUACCUUAGUACAAAUGUGUACCUACAUAAAAAAGUUACAGCCCUUUGAAGUUACAAAAUUAAAAGUUAUAGUGAAAUAUAUAGUGAAUUUAUAUUUAUAGUGAAUUAAGUUAUAAUGAAAUUUGUGCACCCCAUAAAAAUUUUAUGAGGGUUUGGUUCCCUUAAACCCCCCUCCCCCAAACUUUUGUGUACGUUCCAAUUAAAUUUUGUGGUACCGUUAGUUAAACACAAUGUUUCUAAAACUUUUUUGCCUCUUAGCAUUUUUUUCCAUAAGCCAGUUUUUAUCGAGAUGCGGCUUCUUUUUUAAAUGUUUACAUAAAAAUUUUAUGGGGGUUUUGUUCCUUUAAACCCCCCAAAUGUUUGUGUACGUUCCCAAUUAAACUUAUUGUGGUACCAUUGUUCUUAAAACUUUUUUGUCUCUUAGUAUUUUUUCUAUAAACCAUAUUUAUCGAGAUUCUUUUUUAAUAUACUUCAAAAUAUACCUAAAAAUGCAAAUUAUAAAUAAUAAAUUUUCAUAAUUACCAGGUGUCUUUAAUCGCACUAAACUAAACCAUAAUAUACACAUAUGUGGUGGAUUUGAUAAAUAUUCAAAAUAUCUCGAUAAAAACUGGCUUAUCGAAAAAGUACUAAGAGGCAAAAAAGUUUUAAAAACAUUGUGUUUAACUAACGGUACCACAAUGAUAAUUUAAUUGGAACGUACACAAAAGUUUGGGGCGGUUUAAGGGAACAAAACCCCCAUAAAUUUCUUAUGGGGUGCACAAAUUUCACUAUAAUUUUUUUGUAAAAUAUUCCUGCCAUAAGAAUUCUACAUGUCAAUUUUUAAUAAAAAACCUCUAAUAGUUUUCGACAUAUUGGAAAAAAUCGAUUUUCGUUAUGUAAGUUCAAAGGGCUGUAACUUUUUUUAUGUGCACAUUUAUACUAAGGUCAGUUAGGUUCAAUCGAUCUAUUUUGGUCCCAGAAUAUGUGGUUCAAUUUAUGACCUGUAUUUUUGUUACACCCUGUAUAAAAACUGAAAUGAAGGUAUUAUAGGUAAAUAAUAAAAAAAGUAUUUUUUUCUUA